AUGCCUACCUUCGACCCUGACUCGGAUCACCUGCCCAAGCUCGCCGAUCUGGAACAAAUCCCCGGAGCGCCCAAGUACGCGGCGUGGUUCUGGGGCGAGAAUGACGAGUUGGGACGAUUGAACCUGCUCACGGCGCGGCGGGUCGCGGAUGCUGCCAGAUUGAUUCGGACGGGCGAGAGGGUCGCUUUGAACUUCCCCCUCGACUAUCCAGACCCCCCCUUCUUCGGCCGCGAAACCUUCAAACAUCGCCUGAAGCAGCUGAACGAGUCCUCCUACGACGACCUGUAUGAUUUCAACCCGCAGAGCGGGUCGCAGUGGGAUGGGUAUCGGCAUGUGAGAGAUCCUGUUGCGUAUAUUUUGCUGUUUGGAUUGGAAACGGCCUGGUUUCUGACUCUCAGAGCAUCCGCUCAAAACUUGACAGGUCGGCUUCUCGCACAAUGGAUCUUGGGUUUGACCACUCGCGAGCAAAUUGUCGAUUCAUCGAGAAUCGGACUCCAAGCAUGGGGAAAACAGGGCAUCGCUGGCCGCGCCGUCCUUCUCGACAUCUACUCCUUCACGAAAGAAUGGUACGAUCCGCUCUCCGCCAGGAGAAUCACGCUGGCGGAGCUGCGCACGUGCGCCGAAGCCGAGGGCGUCGAGUUCAAGUACGGCGACAUCCUGCUCGUGCGUACGGGCUGGUCCGCGGGAUACAACCAGCUCGACGCGGCGGGGCGGCAGGCGUACCGGGCCAAAGGGUUCCAUGAGCUGGCCUUUGCCGGGGUGGACUGCGGGGAGGAGGUGGUCGAGUUCCUGCACGACAACUACUUCAGCGCCGUGGCGAGCGACUCGCCCACGUUCGAGUCCUGGCCGCCCUCUGUCGAGUCGGGGAAGGAGAUCCUGCAUUCCUUCCUCCUACCGCUCUGGGGCGUGCCCAUCGGCGAGAUGUGGGACCUCGACGGCCUGGCCGAGCUCUGCAAAAAGACGCGUCGGUGGGAGUUUUUCCUCACCAGUUGUCCGGCCAAUGUCAAGGGUGAAAAAAUCCCUGUCCCUGUCUUUCUUUGA